UGGAGGGCGGCCUCGCCCUUUGCGCCUCAGUCGCGCCUUCGCCUCUUCUGCCAACGGACCUCGCUCGACGGCUGCRCCAUGCCCAAGUGCCCGCGGUGCCAGAAGGAGGUCUACUUCGCUGAAAAAGUCACCUCCCUGGGGAAGGACUGGCAUCGACCAUGCCUGAAGUGUGAAAAAUGCAACAAGACCCUGUCUUCUGGUGGCCAUGCAGAGCAUGAUGGGAAGCCAUACUGUAACCACCCCUGCUAUGCUGCUUUGUUUGGACCCAAAGGUUUUGGCCGUGGAGGUGCUGAAAGCCACACAUUCAAAUGAAGCUCAGGACUGGAAAGUUUGCUGUGGAUCCUGGCAGCUUUAAAAGCAGUGUAACCAAAAUGUGCUCCCCUCCCCCCCCCCUCCAGUAGUGAGCUAGUAUAUUAUAAGUGCUUUCUGAAGAGGUGUGAUUCUAAAUGUUGGAAGAUUUACUGUUCUGGGCCAGUUGAGAAAUAUUAUGGGGUGGAGAUCAGGAAAUGGUUGCUAAUAAUAGCAUGGGAAGCUUCCUGGAAAUGAGUUUCAGCCAGAGAAAACUAAGCCUUCUUGUAGACCCUUUGCUCCAUAGUGGCGAUUUUGUCUCAGUAAUAAAAGCUUGAGUUUAAAACGUCA